AUGGCGUAUUUUCCCUUCGAUGACCAGAUAUGUAUGAUGGAGUUCGGGUCCUGGACCUACCAUGGACUACACUUAAACCUGUUCAACGAUUCCUACAUAAUGGAUGAUGUAGCGCUGGAUUUUGGUGAAUGGGACGUUCUGGAAUCAUCAUGGCACCGAGAGAUUACAUACCGUGAGUGCUGUGCCGAGCCGUUUCCGACACUGUUCCUAAAGUUCCACCUGCGGCGCCGCAUACUCUACUACUUCAUCAACCUGCUGCUGCCCUGUAUCGUGCUCCUGGCGGUGAACCCGCUGGUGUUCCUGUUACCGGCAGGGACAGGCGAGCGGAUCGGCUUCUGUAUGACCAUCCAGCUGUCUGUCGUGGUGUUUCUACAGGUGGUGUCUGAGCACACGCCGCAAACCGCCGACUCAAUACCGUUAAUCGAGCAAUUCUUCACGGCCACGAUCUUCCUGGUGGGAUCGACGGUGAUGACAAACAUCUUCCUCCUGUACAUCCACUACAAGGGGAUGCUGCACAUCCCGGUCCCCGGCUGGAUGAGGAACCUCGUCCUGAUCCAUCUGGCUCGCCUCACAGGGAUGACCGGAACAGCCCAAACAUUCUCCAAAAUAUCCCCCAUGGACUACGUGGAGGACCUCAUCAUAGAAAACAUGGACACUGACUUUGAUUCUCGGCCCCCUUCCAUGACGUCAGGUCUACACAAGCCGCCAACCACUGCUUUAGAAAGAGACGACUUUUUACACCAAAAGGUGGAUCUUCUGUACCGCAAGCUUGCCGAUACAACUCGCUCCAUAGACGCCAAAGGCUAA